GCGAAAGUUAUCAAGGAAAUAAUAUUUGCACCCAUAACCACUCAAAUCAUUUUGGGUCAAAAAGUGACACUAUGAGAAUCUUCGCUUGGUUACUGUUAAUACUUCACAUUACGAGAGGACACAAGUAUGAUGCUUAUGAUGCACACAACUGCGGUAAAUCGCGAAUAAGUACUGCACGAAGUUCAGUGAGAAUGAGAGCCAGACAAUCUUUCACUGCUGAUGCUCACUCCAACGAUGCAAACAUUGGCGGCGAUUCAACGAGUCAAGAGUUGGACGAUAACGUCAUUGACGAUGAAGAUGAGGACGAUUUUAUGCAAGAAAAGAUAAUGGGAGGUAGACGAGCUGAAAGAGAUGAACUUCCAUGGGCAAUAUUCCUUUACACUCGGAAAUAUGAUUAUACUGGUGAGCUGUUUCAACGUCUCAAGAGUACCACCUCAGACAUGCUCCCACCAGACUUUGUGUUGAACAAAACGAAAGUCUUUACCGGUGGAAUUUGCAGUCCGGCACGCAGAUUUGGUUGUACUAGGUCAGAUAUUGGUAGAGUUUACAAAAUUGCCCGCGCAUUUUACGAGGAUUACUUCAAAUUUGGUUGCAACUCUCACGACAUAGCGAUUCUUGAGUUGGCUGAGAACGUCCCAAAGGCAAUAAAUCAUGUUUGCCUACCUUUUAUGCACAAAGUGGAGGAAAUAGAAGACCCUUACCUGAAGCUAAGAGUAUUUGGAUGGGGAAAUGAUCCAUUAAACCAUAAAAACGACCUUUCACCUUACUUGCAAAUAACGGAAUUAGGUGCAAAGCUAUCGGAGUUAGUGUGCAAGAAAACGAAUACUUUUGGAGCAGAAGAUAUAUUUUGCGUCAAGUCCGGUCAGCGGCAAUGGUGCAGAGGUGACAGUGGCGGAGGAGUAACAGCUACAAUUCGUGGAAGAGAAUACUUGAUGGGAGUAGCCAUUUGGGGACCUAGUUGUAAAACGGUUGCUCGAAAUGUUAAGCGUCGUUUUUCUCCAAAGGUUGCCACUGACAUUAUGUACUACAAGAAGAUGAUAAAAACAUGGAUUCGGGCAAGUAGAAAAUCCAAGAUUGUAAAUCCACGUAUAAAGAAGCCUCAUCGUUUGCGUAAAGAGGUCUUCAUAUUGGCAAAGUCAUGA